UCGUGUGCCUAUGCCAUGCAGAAACAGCUGAAGAAUAAAAACAGAUUUCAAAAUAUCCUACCAUAUGAUAACAAUCGCGUCAUUCUGAGACAACUGCCUGGAAGUGAAUUCUCCGAUUACAUUAACGCCAGCUAUAUCACGGGCUGUCGUUGUCCAAUUAUAAUCGCAGCCCAAGCGCCAACAAACAACACGGUCCAUGAUUUCUGGCGGAUGAUUGGCGAGCAAGGCGUUGGUCUGAUUGUGAUGCUAUGUGACAUCGUUGAGAACAGCAAAUCCAAAUGCCACAAAUACUGGCCAGAAGAGGGCUGUGACGUAAGCUACGGGGGCUAUAAGGUCAUAGGUCAGUCGGUCACCAACUGGUCACAUUAUGUUCAGAGAGAAUUUGUCGUUGAGACUGUAAGUGUUGUUGUUCCCAAAAGUACAAAGCUCCAACUGACGCAACUUCAUUUCUCGCCAUGGCCUGACAACGGGGUUCCAGAUGAUUUGCUCUUCUUCCUGGCUUUUAGGAAGAAAUAUCGAAGUAUUGUUAACGAGAGGCAGUGUGUUUCACUGGUCCAUUGCAGCGCUGGCAUAGGUAGAACGGGAUGUUUCUUAUCAGUUGAUAACCUACUGGAAAGAGCGUCAAUGAAUGAACAACUGAACGUGCAGGAGUGCAUCAUGAAGAUGAGAGAGGAAAGAGCGAACAUGGUGCAAACUAAGAUUCAAUACGAAUUCAUAUACAACUGCUUGGUUGGUUACUAUAUAAUGGGCGAUACGACCUUCAGCCCGGAUGAAUUCAUUAACGUAUUCAACUGUGACCUCGUGACUCUUAAUGCUGUCGUCAUCAAUAGUAAACUGACCAAUCAAUUUGAAGUGAGUUUGCUUGCUAAAUAA